AUGAGAAAGAUGUAUGCAAGAGUAGUGUCUACACUUGGUGAGAAGCUAAUGAACCUACUAUUGAAACUUUUAGGGGAUUUAGAAAAUAUUGAAAAGAUAAAAGAAGAGGGUGAUGAAAUAGAAGAAGAAGCACUUGAGCAUUUUAAAGAAGAGGAUGAAGAAAAUGAGGAAGUUGAUGAGCAAAAUUCAAAAGAGGCUUAUGAGGAAAGUUUGGAAGAGGGUGAAGAAGAAGAUGAAGAAGCAGAUGAGGAAAAUGUUGAAGAAGGUGAAGAUAAAGAUAAAGUAAGAGAUGAGGAAAAAUUUAAAGGGGAUGGGGAUGACAGAGAAGAGAAAGAAGCAGAAGGGAAAGGAGAGGAGACCAAUUGUAUACAUGAAAGUAUGGAUAAAGAAGAUUCUCAAGCGGAGGGGGAAGUAGAAGAGGAUGACCUCCAAUAG